AUGAUUCUUGGGAGCAUAAGUGGCAUAUCAAGUAAAAGUGGAGAAAAGAUCUUGCGUCCAGAUGGCACUGGGAAUGAAUUCCAGGAGAGUCAGAAGCUGAGGCAAAACCUGAUCAUUGCUGCCAUGAGUGUUUUCUUGGUGAUGUCACUCCUGCUUAUUCUGGGCUGCAGUUUCAUUCACUACAAACUGGUGACAAAGGACAACACGGCCGUAAAGGAAGAAGUGAAGUCUGUUGCCAUCAAGACUCACUCACACCGCAUUGAAACAAGGAUUGUCCUGUCUCCUUCCCAAGUCAUGCAAUUAGCUGCUUCCCAACAGCAGAUGAUGCCCAUCUACAAACAUGCUGGUCAUGUGCUGCCACGACCAGGCUCCAAUCAGUCUGGGGUCAGCUUCAAGUACAUCGACUGUGGCAUUGCCCCCUCCGCACCCAGAAGCCAUACUCCAGAAAGCUUUCUAUUGACUCACUCCAGGUCAGGAAGUCCUUACUCUCUGGAUCGGCACAAUUUCUUUGACAUGUUCUCAAGGAGCUCUUCUAGGGAGUCUAUAGACAUCUCUGGGUACCCACAUGAAGAUGGAGAAGGAAGCAGUGAUUCUGGGACCACAGUUUAUUGUCCCAUUCACAGCAAUGGGGCAGCUGAUCUUGGUUCUUUGAACAGAUAUUAAUCAUGCAGAAGAGAGAUUAUGACAUGAUACUGCUUUGUGUACAUUUUACCAUUUUACUUGUAAUGAAAAAAAAACAUUUAAUGAGGGAGGAAAAUUGCAACAUUGAUUAUGUCCAGGCUUUGUCUGACAGGAAAGCCCCACAAAGAGAUGGUUCCUAUCAGCAUGUUCUACCUUUCAACGAAGGCGGUGUCCUUCGGAAGUGACUUUUCUUUGGCCUUUUCCCUAACAUGCUAAGAGCUGCAGGACCUAAUACAUCAAGCAGGGACCAGAAGGAAUGCAGAAGGUGACCCUGAGACAUCAGCUCCAAAUCUUAGACCAUGAUCUGAGUAACAAUGAGAUUGAUCAGUGGCAGCUGCUAUUCAUUAAAGUCAUGUAGGGUAAUUAAAUCGCCAAAUUAAAAAAAAAAAUCUCACUUGCAUGGAGAAAAGCAGAGAUGCCUUUAUUCACCCACACACUCUUCCCCAACUCAUUCAAAAUCAUGCGACUGGGUGUCUGAUAUUUUUAAGGGAACCCUCCUAGAAAGAUGGGACAUGUUUCUUUUAAAGCUUGCCUUCAGUGUUAGAGAUACAGUUAACAGAGGACUUGAGUAUUACUGUGUAAGGGGGAUUCAGCCCCGAAGGCAUUGACUUCCAGGGAGCGGGAUGCCUAAUGACUCUUUGCUUUUUUGAAAAUCACCCCAAAAUGUCUAACAGCUUGCUUAGUCAAUCAGGCCAAGGCCAUUGAUCUCUCAGCAAAUUGCACUUUUGUAUUUGUAGUUAAUAUCAGGUGCAAAAUGGCACCCAUGGAAUUGGAGGUGGAGUUGAGCACCCUUAAAAGUGUUGGUCAAGAUGCCACAAACUUACCAGAUGUGCCCUGAUUUCUUUUCCUGUGGGUCUUUGUACAGCCCCAACAGCACGUGGAACGUAUGUGUGUUUCUACCCACAGUGUAGAUGUUUCUAAUGGGCAAUAACUAAAACUGGACUGUCAUAAAAUAAGACCCAAGCCAAAUCUUUUUAGAGUUUGAAAGAGUUUGGCCAACUCUUGUCUUUGGUUUGAAAGAGUUUGGUCAGCCCUUGUCUUUGGCUUUCUUUGUUGUCCUUCUGCACUUCCUGGCUUUUGUUGAGGCCAGGUGCCAACAUACAAGAGCAGGCUGUCCAUGAUGUGGUUCUUCUCCACUCAGCAAGAAUAAAUGCUGAGAAUCCCAGGACAGUGCCUAUUUCCAUGAGAUUCUGCACCAUGAGUGAAAGUUUUGGAUAAAGAUCUGAACUGUUGGCUGCUUGUUGAGUCUGAGCUUAGUUUUGCCCAUCCGUGAAUAUAAUCAGAUUGUGAUUUUAAAGGUAAUAAUUUACUUGAUAAAAUUAACUUAUUUUCCUACUCAUGGGAU